UGACCCCCUGCAGCAGAGGCCCGGCUCUGAAGCCGGGUGCAGGCACAACUCUGGUGCAGGCGGAGGGACUGCCUUGCUGGUGGCCUCUGGACCAUGCGAUGACUGGACGGUGACUUUUGGGUCUGAAGACAAGAGUAGAAGAUGAAGGAAGAUUGCCCCUCCAGCUCUCAUGUGCCCAUCAGCGACAGCAAGUCCAUUCUGAAGUCAGAACUCUUAAGCCUGCUCAAAACCUACAACUGCUACCAUGAGGGCAGGAGCUUCCAGCUAAGGCACCGUGAGGAAGAAGGGGCUCUGAUCAUCGAAGGACUCCUCAAUAUCGCCUGGGGACUCAGACGACCCAUCCGGCUCCAGAUGCAGGAUGAUCGGGAGCGAGUGCACCUGCCGUCUGCCUCAUGGAUGCCUGAACGGCCCAGCUACCUCCAAAAGGAGGCUUCACCCCAGGACAGCAAGGUCACCACGGAGGAGCCUAGAGCUCAGCCUGCAAACAAGGCUGAGGUUUCCAGGGAUAGCUCAGGACCCGUAGAGGAGGAUGAGGAGGUCCCACAGCUUAUGCGGACCAAGAGUGAUGCCAGCUGUAUAAUCCAGAGGAGGCCCAAGUCCCGGGCCCCCCAUGAAGCCCAGAAGAUACGACGGCACCGCUUCUCCAUCAAUGGGCACUUUUAUAACCACAAGACCUCCGUGUUCACUCCUGCCUAUGGGUCCGUGACCAAUGUCCGGGUCAACAGCACCAUGACCACCCAGCAGGUGCUUACCCUGCUGCUAAACAAGUUCCGGGUAGAAGAUGGCCCCAGUGAGUUCGCACUCUACAUUGUCCAUGAGUCUGGGGAGCAGACAAAAUUAAAAGACUCUGAGUACCCGCUGAUAUCCAGAAUCCUGCAUGGACCUUGUGAGAAAAUUGUCAAGAUCUUCUUGAUGGAAGCCGACUUGAGCGAGGAAGUGCCCCAUGAUGUGGCCCAGUACAUUAAGUUUGAAAUGCCGGUGCUGGACAGUUUUGUUGAAAAAUUAAAAGAAGAGGAGGAAAGAGAAAUAAUCAAACUGACCAUGAAGUUUCAAGCCUUGCGUCUGACCAUGCAGCAGCGCCUGGAGCAGCUGGUGGAGGCCAAGUAACUAGCCAGUGCUUGCUUUGGGGGAUGCCUGUGGUAGCAAGCAUGCAUGGAGCUCCAGGGACCCAGCCCUAACUGAUUACUGACCAAUGGCUGCUAUACUCAUGGUACAGGACUCCAAUACUCAUGCUUCUUCUAGCCUGUCCACAGACUACAUAGCACCCCACAUCUCUAGUCUUGGCACCCUAGUGAGCAUGCACGGGGACACCCAGGCACUUGCUAGGUAGGAUCUAUGUGCAAAGCCGGUCUAGGUAGUACAGAGCUUUGGAACUGCGGUACCAGCCACACUGCAUGGUUGAAGAGCGUAGCCAGCCUUGCUCAUGCAUAUUUCCAGCUUGAGAGAGAAGUAUCACACCCAGCCCCUGGAGAAUGGGCUUCAUCUGCUUGUGCAAGUGCCUGUCCCAGAGCUUCUGCAUGGCCACAAGUCCCUGCCCGCCCUUGUCAUCCAUGUGAACCAUGAAAUUCCUGCCUUCCUUUACCUCUUAUUGCUACUCAGGAACUCUGCCGGAGCAGGAACUGCCAACAGCUGUGAAACAUGUCCUGACUCUAACCACCACUUUGCCAUGGUGUCCUGGCCUCCAAGCCUCCUUUCGUAGCCAACAUGCCUGUCCCAGAAGUUAGAUCAGGACUAGGACUACCAAGAUCCCAUCAGCUCUUGGCAGAAAUCAGCCUUAACUUGUGAAUGCGAUCCAAAGAAAUCCUUGAAAGGAGCUGUCUUCAAGAAAUAUGUCAACUGAAUUAUGUUGGGAUGUUGACUUUGUAACAUUGAAACAGUUCUGGCUGCCAGUGGCCCCAGAAGGCAGUGCUCUGUUUCCUUCAUUGCCAUCUUGUGGAUGCCUGCAUGCCUCUUCCUUUCUAUGGGGCUGAGCUUCUCUCUAGUGGGUAGAGACGGCUCUCAAUACUUCCCAUCAAAGCCUGGCAAUAAGGGAAAAUCUCUGGGGACCAAGGCUUCUAACUCCUCAGACCAGAUACAGAACAAUUUGUUUGCUGACUGAUGGAAAUUUCUGGAGUGAAUGAGAAAGCUUCAUUUGUAAAACUAUGCACCAUUUUCUGUCAGCCAUGGAAGUGUUUGUGUAACAGCGCAAACUCAAGGCAGGCUCUUCCCCCGAGGUCUUCGGACAACGUAUUUCAAGAGAAGUAUGAGGAAGGUCUGCAAAGAUGGAGUUCUGUCUUCCAUGCUGUGCCCAUGGAAGCUGCUCAUGGAACCCUGAAGAGUGGAACUUGAGAAAAGCUGUGCAGUGUGGAGCCCCUGGGCAGGGUAGAUAUCACAUCUGGAUCUUCCAGACCCAGCUCUGUCUCCAUGGAGAUACUUAGCUGCCACAAGAGACUUGGCUAAGUCCUCCUGCCUCCUCUCUCCCUUUUGGCACUGUUCUUUCUUAGGUGCUUAAUAAAGAUUGGUUGCGUUGAACAGAA